AUGUGUGAGGUUGGCGUAUGUGCCAUCUCGUGCUGCAGGCUCCGCAGCAUCCAGCACAUGCUGGUGACUGGACUGACAGUGGUUUCCAUGCUAGACAUGGCUCCCAAUGCAUUUGAUGAUCAGUAUGAGGGCUGUGUCGAAGAAAUGGAGGAAAAGGCACCUGGGUUUUUACAGGAAGACUUCAGCAAGAAUGAGGAAUUAAAACUUGAGUGGGAAAAAGCAGAGAAAAGAUGGGUGGAGAUCAAAAAUAGGAUAAGUUAUCCAGAAGGUUUCCAUGAUUUCCAUGGAACAGCUUUAGUUGCCUACACUGGGGACAUCUACAGAAGCUUUAAUAAUGCUAUUAGAAACUUCAAAAUAAAUCCUGGUAACUUCCACUACAAGGGCUUCCAUUACUACCUAACAAGAGCUCUUCAGCUUUUGAGUAACCAGGAUUGUCGUUUAGUUUACCGAGGCUCUAAGACCAAGUUUCAUUACCCUGGGACGGGCUCUGUGCGAUUCGGGCAUUUUGCAUCCUCAUCUUUAACUAAGAGAGUAGCUCUUUCAGGGCCAUUUUUCAGUGUUCAUGGAACACUAUUUAUCAUCAAAACCUGUUUGGGUGUUUAUAUCAAAGAAUUUUCCCACUUCUCUUCGGAAGAGGAGGUGUUAAUUCCAGGCUAUGAAGUAUAUCACAGAGUCACAACACAAAAUGCUGAAGGGUAUAACCAAAUUUCUCUGGACUCCCCACAAAGGAAGAAGAGCAACUUUAAUUGCUUCUAUAGUGGUUCCACUCAAACAGAGAACAUUAUCGGCUCAGGAUCCAGAGAGAGCUGUGUAUCCCUGUUCCUUGUGGUUCUCCUCGGUCUUCUGGUCCAGCUGCUUGCUCUUGCUGAGCUGUAGCCCUCUCCUAUCUGCAGUUUGUGGGUCUGAGUCCUCAAGGGAGGCCAAGGGGCAAGCACUUGAUUGGUUGUUUAAGAUCUGUGGUAGGGGGAAGAAUG